AUGGACAACGUGAGUGACAUGUAUUGCUCAUCUCAGAAGAUCACUAAAAGUGACUCCAUACAUCACAUGAGCCACUCCCAGAAGCAGCCAGAGCUGCCUCCUCUGCCUGCUUCUGCUAAUGAGGUGCCAUCUGAACUCUAUCAGACUGUCAUGUUGCACAGCUUUUAUCCCCCCUUGAUGCAACGCACAUCAUGGACCCUGGCUGCACCCUUCAAAGAGCAGCACCACCACCAUGGACCCAGUGACUCCAUUGCCAACAACUACUCCUUGACGGCCCAGGACCUGAAGCUGAAGGACCUGGUGAAGGUCUACCAACCAGUCACCAUCAAUGUCCCUAGGCAAAGGAUCAUUCAGGGGCUGCCAUCAGCAACUGAAAGCUCAUCAGAGCCCAAGAAGAAGAAAAGGAAGUUUUCCCCCCGAGACAAAGAGGAUCCCACUAGGUAAGGUGUCACCGUGGGUGCAGGGGAUUGCAGAACACCAGGCUGAACUGAAGAAGGCUGUGGUCUCAU